AUGGAGAUGAGCUGUUUUACUGAAGAGCAAUUGACCGUGCGCGAGGCUAUCCAGAAGAUUUGUGCUCAAUUUCCGAACGAGUACUGGCAGCAGCAUGACCAAACUGAGACCGAUCCCAAAGAAUUACAUGCUGCUUUGGCAGCUGACGGAUGGCUUGGUAUUGCUCUCCCAGAAGAAUUUGGAGGAGCAGGAUUGGGCAUCUCAGAAGCGACUAUGAUGCUACAGACAAUAUCUCAGUCAGGGGCUGGCAUGGCUGGAGCUCAAUCCAUUCACGGAAACGUCUACGCUACGCAACCGCUUGCCAAGUUUGGAAAUAAAGAACAACUGCAGUCAACAAUACCAAACAUUAUCAACGGCAAAUGGAGGGUAUGCUUCGGCGUGACUGAGCCGAACACCGGCCUGGACACGUUGAGGCUAAAGACCACCGCCACUCGUAAAGGAGACAAGUAUAUCAUCACUGGACAAAAGAUCUGGAUCACGUGCGCACAGGUUGCCUCGAAGAUGAUUCUCCUGGCUCGAACGGCGCCUCUGGAAAACGUGAAAAAGCCAAGUGAAGGACUUUCUAUGUUCUGUAUCGACAUUGACAGAUCCAACCCUGCCUUGGAACUCAAACGGAUUAAGAAGAUGGGCGGAAGGGCGGUCGACGCCAACGAAGUUUUCUUUGAUCACUAUGAGGUGCCAGAGAACACCCUCGUUGGAGAAGAGGGGCAAGGCUUCAAGAUCAUCUUGCAUGGGAUGAACGCUGAGAGAUGUCUCCUAGCGGGAGAAGCGCUCGGACUCGGCUAUGCAGCGGUCGAGAAGGCUGCACAGUACGCCAAGGAGAGGGUCGUCUUUGGCAGAUCCAUUGGGAAGAACCAAGCUAUUGCACAUCCCCUCGCUGACGCCUACAUGAAUCUGGAAGCCGCCAAGUUAGCUGCCUACCAUGCAGCUCGUUUGUAUGAUCGAAGCAAGACGGACACCACCAUCAGCCCACAUGCGGUGGGAGUGGCAUGCAACAGUGCCAAAUAUCUGGCAGCGGAGGCAGCAUUCAAAGCUUGUGAAAGAGCAGUCAUGAGCCAUGGCGGUAUGGGUUAUGCCAUGGAAUAUGAUGUGGAGAGAUACAUGAGGGAAAUCUUCGUCCCCAGAAUCGCCCCGAUCAGUCGAGAGAUGAUUCUGAACUUUGUGAGCGAAAAAGUACUCGAGCUGCCGAGGAGCUACUGA